UCAGUGGUCAUGUGACUUCGUGUCGGCUUUCACAUGCGGAAGUAAUCGCGGUAAAGAUGGCAGCGCCCUUGACAGGCGUGUCAAACGCAUCGUAGCGUUAGUUCAAUAUCGGAAGUGCUGUACAAAAGCCGACAAGAGAAGAUAUCGGUAACGGACCAUGCAAACACGAGAGUUCAUCGCAUCACUGGUGGCAGGAGGGUGUGCAGGAAUGUGUGUUGACCUGACUCUCUUCCCCCUGGACACCAUUAAAACCAGGAUGCAGAGCCAGCAGGGCUUCUACAGAGCUGGGGGUUUCAGAGGCAUCUAUUCAGGGGUCCCAUCUGCUGCUAUUGGUUCCUUCCCCAUUGCUGCUGCUUUCUUCGUCACCUACGACUUCACCAAGUCCCUGCUUGGAGCCGGAGGGGGAAUGGCAACACCACAAGUGGCACCUGUCACUCACAUGUUGGCCGCCUCCCUUGGAGAAGUAGUGGCAUGUCUGAUCCGCGUGCCCACAGAGGUGGUGAAACAGAGAACCCAGGCGUCGCCGUCCUCCAGCACCUACCAGAUGCUGCUCGCGACACUCACAGAAGAGGGUGUCCGAGGGUUGUAUAGAGGAUUCAGGAGCACGGUUAUCAGAGAGAUACCCUUCUCGCUGGUACAGGUUUCUCUCUGGGAGUAUCUGAAGGCUCUGUGGUCAUGGAAGCAAGGUCACACGCUUUACUCUUGGCAGGCUGCAGUGUGCGGAGCAUUUGCAGGUGCUGUAGCGGCGUUUGUUACCACUCCCCUUGACGUGGCUAAGACGAGGAUUAUGCUAGCAAAGGCUGGGACGACCACAGCGGGUGGCAACAUCCCACAGGUGCUCUAUGACGUGUGGAGGACCACAGGGCUCACAGGUCUGUUUGCGGGCAGUGUACCAAGGGUGAUCUUCAUCAGCAUGGGUGGUUUUAUCUUCUUAGGAGCGUACGAGAAGGUCCACCGCACCCUGCUCUAGCACCAGGCCUCCCCGCCCCAAGUUUGAGCCGGAACAGAGGGAGAGAAGCAUCUCUAGAAGCAGCACCCUUGUCCCCCGCAGCAACCCCUCCCCCGCCCCCACCCAUCGCCCAAAGUAGGACCCAUGUGCUGUCCACACCCAACCCAGGCCUCUUUGUUGGGGCCUGAGGAGCGAGGACACCUGGUGCUCAAGGGAGAGUCAUCCAUCCCCCAGAUCACAUUACCCAAGGCUCUGCAUUCCUGCUCAUCAGUGUACUGCAGAUUGGGUUUAACAGUCCAGGAUUGCAUUUAUUUAACAGUACCAAUGAGUUGGUUUUUUUUGUGUGUGUUUUGUUUUUAAAUGGAUCCCAGCACCCCGUCCUAUGAAAGCACUUGCAGUCUUUUACAGUCUCUACUGUAUGAAUCAUUUAUGUGAGGUCAAAUGAAUAAUGACUAUUGAAGACUGUCCUUUCUUUUAUACUUAAUGGCUGUGAGGCGAUUACUUGGGUCACCCCCGGGUAACUCACGGUUCUUUUUCCAAGUGUUCUCUAGAUGGUUUAGCUGUGGACCGAUUCAACAUUUAGAUCAGCACAACGUCCAUCCCAUAUUUUUUUCCACUGCUGUACAGUAAAGUCAAUGGUGAGCCAAGCCACCUGUGUUACAGACCCACUGGGGAGAGGAACAGGCAUAUCUCGCUAUUUUAACAAUCCCGUAGAGCAUCUCUGAGCUCCACCUGCAAAAGCUUUAAUUUUAUUACUGAAAAAUGGCUUCAAGAAUGGAGGAUUCACUAAAAUAAAGCUUGUUUUAUGAAAGUUUUAUUUAGCCCUGCCUUGGACAAAUUCUGUGUGUAUUUGGUAUUUAUAUAACCGCUAUGCGUUGGGCUGUGGUUAUAUUAUGUGGUUAUAUUUUAGAAUGAAAUAUGUAUGAAGUAGAAAAGGUAGACAACAGUGAGUCCUAGUUAUAGCAAAAGUACUAUGUACAUGUGUCACACUUUUUCUCUCUAUUCUCCCCAUUUGACAGCCAUUGUGAGUCAUUUUUUGUGUUGUGAUAGUAUUAAAAAAAGAAAAGAA